AUGGAACUAUCCUCUGCUGAGACAAAGUCAGUAGCCUCCAUGUCAUCAAGGGGAUCUAAAACCUCCUCAGCCAGCAGAGUGGCUGCAGCAUCCCACGCCAAAGUAGAAGCAGCUAACGCACAGACAGAGUAUGCAAAACUAGAGUCAGAAACUAUGGUUGAAAAGGCCCGAGUAGAAGCAAGACUGAACACUCUACAGCAUGAAAAGGAAGUGGCAGCGGCCAUUGCUGAAGCCAGUGUACUUGAGACAAUUGCAGUAGAAAGUGAGAAAGGCGAUGGAGAGUCAAUCAGUAAUGAAGCUGUCGAAAGAACGCACCAGUACGUGCAUCAUCAGUUCCAGCUCCUGUCAGCAGCAGAAGACAGACUCAUAGAGCCCACCAUUCCACAGAAGCCGGGCCAGAUAAGAGUCGUUUUCGACUCCAGUGCAAAGUGUCAGGGUGUCUCCCUCAAUGACAUGCUCCUCUCUGGCCCCAACUUAAUUAACAACCUGCUGGGUGUCUUGAUCCAGUUCAGGUACAAUCCAGCUGACAUUGCCUUUUUGGGUGAAUAUACCACCACCAUGAGUUCAGUUGCUAAGGCGAUAAACAUACUACAGGGAGAGUCCAACAUUCAGAUGGGAUGGCUGCUCCCUACAAUCACCUCCCUGAUCGCCAAGCUUGAGAAAACAAGAGUGUCACUGCAAUUUUGCAAGCCGCUAGUUGAUGUCCUGCAAGAUGGUUUGAAGAUACGGUUUGGGGAAAUGAUGUCUGACCCAGAGCUGGUUGCUGCAGCCAUUCUUAAUCCAAAAUUCAAAACAUCCUGGACCAGUGAUGAAGACGUCCUCAAACUAGGCCUUAGUUACAUUAAGGAACAUCUUCCUGACCAUGAUGAGGCUCUGCUGCAGCCUGCUGACAAGUCCUCAAGUGCUUCUGAUGAAGAUGAUUUCUUUUCCAAUAUGAAGCAUGUACACACACAGAACACGACCAAGCAACUGGAUGCAUACCUGAUGUGCACAGCUGAAGAUGUAGAAGUACCGCAGCCAGACCUGUCUCUUCUCUAUGAGAGACUUUUGCUUGCCGAGCAGCGAGGAGAGACUCUAUCACACGAGUUACUGCUAGUGCUACACAAUCUACAGAAUCUGACCAUUACAGGAAACAACCUCACCUCCAGCAAUGUCACGGGUGGAUGGAAUGAGAGGGGUUCAAUCUCCAGGAUUUUGUCCCCAAAGCCAAGUGCGAUUCAAUACCUACCUCACCUCGGACAGCACCCGGAUAGCCUGAAAGCCUUUGUUCAUCUGGGACAGGGACGAACAGGAGUAUCCCUUGUGUUUGGAGUCCCUACUGUGCGGAGACAGAAACAGAGCUACUUGUUGAACACACUUGGCUCACUACUCUUCGACCUCUCAUCUUCAGAGAAGAAUGAUAUCGUCAUCAUUGUCUUUAUUGCCGAGACAGACACAGCCUUUGUGAAUAACGUGGUGGAGAGCAUACAAAAAAAUUUUCCAGAUCAUGUGCAGUCUGGGCUAAUUGAGGUGGUGUCUCCGUCUCCAUACUUCUAUCCCAACUUCACUGAUCUGAAGGAGACCUUUGGAGACUCCAAAGAAAGAGUCAAAUGGAGGACAAAGCAGAAUCUUGACUACAGCUUCCUCAUGCUUUAUGCUCAGUCUAAAGGCACUUUUUAUGUUCAGCUGGAGGAUGACAUUGUGGCAAAGCAGGGGUACUCUCAAACCAUGAAGACCUAUGCCACAGGGAUAUUGUCAGAGGAAUGGCUUUUUCUUGAGUUCUCCAAACUGGGGUUCAUUGGAAAACUGUUCCGAGCCUCUGACUUGCCAAUGGUAGUGGAGUUUUUCCUAAUGUUCCACAAAGAUAAGCCUAUUGACUGGCUGUUGGAUCACAUCCUGUGGGUCAAAGUGUGCAACCCUGAAAGGGAUGCAAAACACUGUCAAAGUGAGAAGAAUAAACUAAAGAGAACCUACAAGCCUUCCCUCUUCCAGCACGUGGGCCUUCACUCUUCUCUCCAUGGGAAAAUACAAAACUUAAAAGAUAAAGACUUUGGGAAGCAGAAGUUGUUUACAGGCUAUGUUAACCCAGCAGCCAGCAUUAACAGCACUCUGCAGCCUUAUAAGGAACACACACUAACGAGAGCAUACCAAGGGCAGGACUUCUUCUGGGGCUUGACCCCCAAAGCAGGCGACUACAUCCACAUCCAAUUCACCACACCGCAGACCAUUAAAAGUUAUCUCUUUCGGAGUGGGAACAUUGAGACUAAUGGUGACAAGUUUUAUAACACAACAGUGGAAGUGCUUCCUUUACGUAGCUCUGUGAAAGAGAGUGUGAGGAGAGGUCAGUUUCCAUGCUGUCAGCCAUCCUCAAAUGGUUUCAUCAUAAUAGGUUCCUUUGUGAAUGGAGUGGCGGAGGGAGAGGUAAAGUCCGAGUUAGGGGAACUGAUUGCCAUGCGUCUUGUCAUCCACUCAGACUCAGAUGUCUGGGUCCUACUGAGUGAGAUAUCCAUUAAAGUUUGAUGAAGGAAGGAGAGAGA